ACAAAGUCCCCGCUCACCUCCUUUCCUCCCCUUCCCUCACUUCCUGCAGGAGCAGCGGUGUGUUGAUAAACUGCCGCUGUUGGCUCGUAAACAUGGCGACCGCUGGAGCAACUGGAGACGACCUGAAGAAAGAGCUCACAUGCGCUAUUUGUUUGGACUUCUUCAAAGACCCAGUCAUACUGAAGUGCGGUCAUAAUUUCUGUCGCUUUUGUAUCUGCAUGCACUGGGAUGAAAAUGGCGGAGACUACGGGUAUCAGUGUCCUCAAUGCCGGACUGUAUUCAACAAGAGGAGCUUCACCAAAAACUACUUGGUGCAGAAUCUAGUUUCGAAACUGGACGACCUGGAGCAUCUGGGUUCUCCUUCUGCUCCUUCCAAGUCUAUGAAACCGGAUGGAAAGUGUCAACAACAUGGGGAAGAGCUGAAACUCUACUGCCAAACUGAUAAGAGGCCCAUUUGUGUUAUCUGCAGGGAAUCAAGAGCUCACAGACACCAUCAAGUGGCUCCAGUGCCAGAAGUCGUGAAUGAUAUGAAGAUGGAGUUGAAAGUGAGGCUUAUGGAGCUCAACUGGCAGAAGUCACAGUAUGCCAAAAUUAAGACAACAGAUGAAAGGACUAAAAAUGACAUUCGGCUGAAGAAGCAACGACUCAAGGAGAAGAUUGAAGCAGAUGUAGGGGCCUUGGUCCAGUUCUUGUUGGAUGAGAGAGAUUCUCUUCUGGAGAGCUUGGAUGCUGAGGAAGCAGCCUCUCUGGCCGUCAUUGAAGACAACCUGGAGUUUGUUGAGAGUGAAGUAGCAGAUGUGGACAAACUCAUAGGAGAUAUUCAUAAUCACAUUGGUGGGAAGACUAACUUUGAGAGCCUUUCUGGAACAUUUAAUGAAGCAAUACAUCGCAAGUCUUUCACAUCCCUUGAGCCGGUCAGUUGUAUGACUGAAUUUACAGACUUCUCAGGGCCUCUCCAACUCAUCAUGUGGAAGAAGAUGAUGCACGUUCUGCACACCAUGCCUCAGAACCUGACCUUAGACCCCGACACCGCUCACGCGAACCUCCUUAUCUCAGACUUUGACACCAAAGUGGAGGAGGGACGGGUUCGCAGCCAGGAGCUGGAUCUUCCAGGCCGCUUCAACCGGUUCUGCGGAGUCCUCGCCACAGCCCAGUACGCCAGUGGCCAGCACUACUGGGAGGUGGACGUGAGGGACAAAGGAGUGUGGUACCUGGGGGUGACGACUGAGUGCAGCAACAGAAAGGGCUUUGUCAAUCUCACUCCAUCCGCAGGAUACUGGAGCCUCUGUCUGCAGGACCGACUCUACGCCAACGUGGAAGAUGGCCGCAUUCCCCUCGCUGACUACUGGAACUCGCCGCGUGUCGGAGUAUACCUGGACUAUGACAAUGGCCGCCUUAGUUUCUAUGAUGCUGUUACAAUGAAGAGACUCUACAUGUUCGACACCUGCUUCGAGGAGCCUGUCUACCCCUUUUUCAGCCCAGGGAAGAAUGACGUAGGGAGCAGGCUGCAGAUAUGCCAUUACUAUUAACAGAGGUGUGAUGAGUAGGUGUUAAGAGUCCAACUCGUGCUUUCAGGUUAGCCUGUUGGAAAGACAUCUUCUUUAGACAUGCAGUAUUGAUGAUGUGAUGUUGCUUCCUGGGUGAACAUUAUCAACUUGGAUUCCCCCCCACCCCCAACUUAGACACAAACUGUAGGCUCACACCCCUGGUUACUACGGUGGUGGAUUUGGAGAGGUGCUUUGCUGUUUACAUAUAUCACUGUGUUUGUGGGAUUGCAGAUGCCUCAGGUGUUCCUGGUGAUUAAAGCAUACUAAUUUAUGCUCUAUUAACACCUGCUCUGCCAAACUUUGUUACAUUUGCUUUUGCUUUCUGUUCUCAGUUUGGUCAGCUUGCCUGGGGAAUUAACUUGAAAUUCAUGUUUCUAGAUCAAACGGGUUAGACAGGUUUUAUGGAAAUGGUUUUAUCAAAAACAUUUUAAACUACCUGUAUAUUUCCUUAGUUUAUGUUAUAUACACGCAGCUUCAAACUGUUGCCAGACCUACUGUUUAUUUCCAAGUCCCUUUUUGCAGCACAACCUUAGUGCUGAAGACAGGUAGCCGUGAGGAGAUACCUUAACAAAUAAGAAAUGUUUUAUACAGCUGAGCGAAUGACGAGCUACAAGUCAACGUGAUACAUUUCUUUGAACAUAGCAGAUCCUAAUUAAGCUGUAUUUCCAUAUAUUUAGCCACUUAGUGGAUAAAUAUUUAGCUUUAUACAUUCCAUUAAUAAAAAAUAAAGCAAGAACUAGGAUUUGACUGAAAUAGUUAUGGAGUGCUGAAUGUUAGCGUUGUCUUCUUGGUUUUAUUGUUAAAUUGAUUACUGCUGUUACAUAUGUUGCUUUUUUUUUAGUUUUUGUUUCUUAAAAGUUGAAACUUGUGCUGUUAUGUAUUUCUGUCUGCUACUACUUUUUUUUAUUACUUUUUUUUUUCUUGGACUUGUGGUUCUGAAUGGCCAUGGAAAUGGCAAUUUUUCAAGUUUAUUUUAUUUUUUUCAUUUUUAUUUUUUAUUAGACAAGUUGGACCUGAAGACACUGCUCUUUGAUUAUUGGAGCUUUCUGUUGCAUCUCCUUUUCUCUCUCGCUGUUUUUUAUCCAUGACUGUACCUCUACGGGUUUAUUCAUGCAGUUUCGUUGACUUAAUCUGCUUAUCCAUUUUAGGAUUAUUUUCAGUUGUGUCACAAACUCCAGAAUCUUGCUAAGGCUCUUGCACUCUGUAUGAAUAUUCAUUCUAUUUCAUCUCAAUAAAACAAAACAAAAAAAAAUCUA